AUGGAUUAUAUUACUCGACAAACUUUUGUAAAACUUGCCCUUUUCAUCUUCACAGUUGUGAGGAGCAGUUGUGCUCUGUUGGAAAAAGCUGCAGAAGACCCAGUGCAUCCAAAUCCUCUUCAAUCCAGUCCAGCAGAAGACAGCGAUGUUUCGUUCUGUGAUUUCGAGUCUCCGUGUUCUUGGACAUUAUCCAGUCACAGCACUGGAGGAGACUGGUUUAUCACUUCAGCACAGCAGCACAGAUCUAACAGACGCGACACCCAGCCUAUCAGAGAUUACUCCACUGGAAAAUCUGAAGGACAUUUUCUGCUGCUGAAGCCCAGCUCCAGUCAUCUGUCUGCAGGCAGAUGUAGUUUCCACAUGACCAGUCCUGUAGUUCUCAGCAGUGGGCCAUUUUGUCAUCUCCAACUCGCUCGCUUUCAACCAGAGCCACACGCUGGAAACAUAUCAGCCUUCGUGAAGCACACCGACUCUAUCGACAUCAAACCCAUUGACCUUACAAUCAAAGAACAAGAAAGCGACAGCUCGCAGUGGGAGGUCUUGGAGGCUGUGAUUGGUCAGUUGAAUGAGCCCUUCCAGGUGACAGUGCAGUACUCUGCCUGUAGCAGUCAUGAAGUUGGGUUUCUGGCAUUCGAUUCACUGGAGCUGAAGAACUGUGUCAUGGGUGAUGAUUAUGUGGAUUUGGGUUCCGACUGUGAGAAAUACUCAUCUCUUCAAUGUCAUUCUGGAGGCUGCAUUGAGAAACAAAGAGUGUGUGAUUUCCACACUGACUGCCCAGAAGGGGAGGACGAGGGCUUAAUAUGCAGCACUUUACCUUUGGGUUCAUACUGUUCAUUUGAGUUGGGCUCCUGUGGUUGGUCAGCGGCUGACACACAGUCUUCUUGGAGACUAGUUAGUGGACAACAGCUGAUUGAAGACACACACCUGCUGGGCACAACUCUGAAGAACACUCAAGGGCAUUUCCUUUUCUUGAAGGUCAGAGGUCACGGUGAUGAAAGAGAGGCGCUGGUUCAAAGCCCUGCAUUGCCUUCAACUAUAUCCAAUCAGGACUGUCAGUUGCAGUUUUCUCUCUACCGGUAUGGGGAUUUCAAUGGAACAGUGCUUUUGUCUGUGGUGGAGAGCGGAGCCUCAGCACCAGCACUGAUUUGGGAGAGAUCCGGACACUGGAAAGACGCCUGGCAAGAGAUCACUCUGCCGAUCACAGAGAUUUUAAAUGGCUUCCAUCUUAAAGUGCAGGCUUUCUGGACUUCUGGCUCCAAGGCUGACAUUGCACUCGAUGACAUUUCAUUAAGUGCAGCAUGUUUUGACACAGAACUGAAUGAACUGCUUCAUGAAGGACUACCGCAUGAUUUAGACUUCAGUCCUCUUCCAGAACCAUCAGCAUCAGAGGCGUCUCCAAUUACAUGGUGGUUUACAUCCUGUGGAGCGAGUGGACCUUUCGGCCCGACUCAAGCCCAGUGUGAUAGUGCCUACCGAAACACCAAUGUCAGCGUUGUGGUGGGGAAAGAGGGUCCUCUCAGGGGUGUACAGAUGUGGAAGGUCCCUGCUACCAACACGUACAAGAUUUCAGCCUAUGGAGCUGCAGGAGGCAAAGGAGCAAAGAACCAUAACAAGCGCUCACACGGUGUGUUCAUCUCAGCCACCUUCCCCCUGGAGAAAGGUGACAUCCUCUACAUCUUAAUUGGCCACCAAGGAGAAGAUGCCUGUCCAGGAAGGAACCCCCAAACCCAUAAAAUCUGUCUGGGCGAGUCGUCUGUGAUUGAAGAUGGUUUUGACAGCGACGGUUCAGCCUUGAAGUGGGCAGGGGGUGGCGGCGGUGGAGGGGGAGCCACAUAUAUAUAUCGGAUGGAGAACGGGCAACCACUUCCUUUGCUGAUUGCAGCUGGAGGGGGAGGAAAGGCCUACCUUGAGGAUCCAGAAAGCAGCCAGGACCAGAGUUUUCGGGAACAGUACGAGAAUGACACCACCGUUUCUGGUGUCAGUGGCAGAUCUGGAGCAGCAGGUGGAGGAGGUGGAUGGAGCGACGUGUCCUCUCUCUCAUGGGCAGGGAAAUCUCUUGUUGAAGGGGGUCAAGGAGGCUCAUCCUGUCCUGAGGCUUUGUCAGUGCUGGGAUGGGCUACAUUUGGAGGAUUCGGAGGAGGAGGAGGCGCGUGCUCCGCUGGAGGGGGCGGUGGAGGAUACAGAGGUGGUGAUGCACCUCUUCUUGACGACAUCUCAGCAGAUGGACAAGAUGGCCUCUCUUUUGUUCACCCCAUGGGAAAGAUAUUUCUGCAACCUCUGGCAGCCAUGGAGAGUCACGGCGAAGCUGAAAUUGUGGUCUAUCUGAACUGCAGCCACUGUAAAACCCAGAGCUGCAAGCGCGAUGAAGACACCAAGCUCAUCCUGUGCCUCUGCGACAGCGACGAGGUUCUGGCACCAGACAACGUCACCUGCGCAGGUACCAAACACAGCCUCUGCCAAUUUAUCAACAAACAUCUCCAACACAACUCCUCUCCCUUGGUGUGUCCUCCUCUAGUGGUUCCUAUGGGCUCUCUGGCAGACGGGCCUCCAUCCCUGGUCUUCAUCAUGGCAGGGAUCGUGUCCACAGUGGUGACCGGUGUCGUUCUGACCUGUGCCAGCCUGACUCUCAUAUAUUAUCGUAAGAAGAACCACCUGCAUGCGGUCAGGAUUCGACUGCAGAGUCCAGAGUACAAGCUUAGCAAAAUUCGCUCGUCCACCAUCAUGACCGACUACAACCCCAACUAUGGUUAUUUCGGAAAGGCAGCCUCUCUGAGUGAACUGAAGGAAGUGCCGCGUAAAAACAUCACCCUCCUCAGGGCGUUGGGACACGGUGCCUUUGGGGAAGUGUAUGAAGGACAGGUUUUGGGUAUGAAUGGAGAAAACACAGCCAUGCAAGUCGCUAUAAAGACUCUUCCAGAAAUCUGCUCUGAGCAGGACGAGAUGGAUUUCCUAAUGGAGGCUCUGAUCAUGAGUAAGUUCAGCCAUCAGAACAUUGUCCGCUGCAUUGGCGUCAGUCUGCAGAUCCUGCCACGCUUCAUCCUGCUGGAGCUCAUGACAGGAGGAGACAUGAAGAGCUUCUUGAGACUCAAUCGACCCAGAACUAACCAUUCGUCUUCUCUAAGCAUGCUGGAGCUUCUUCAUAUGGCCAGAGACAUCGCUCUUGGCUGUCGCUACCUUGAAGAAAACCACUUCAUCCACAGGGACAUCGCCGCUCGCAACUGCCUUUUGACUUGUCCUGGUCCAGACAGAGUGGCUAAAAUUGGAGAUUUCGGGAUGGCCCGAGAUAUUUACAGGGCCAGUUACUAUAGGAAGGGUGGCCGUGCCAUGCUGCCAGUCAAAUGGAUGCCACCUGAAGCUUUCCUAGAGGGCAUUUUUACAUGCAAGACUGACACCUGGUCAUUCGGGGUACUGCUGUGGGAGAUUUUCUCUCUUGGGUACAUGCCUUAUCCCUGCAAAACUAACCAGGAAGUGCUGGAGUUUGUAACUGGUGGAGGUCGCAUGGAUCCACCUAAGAGCUGCCCUGGGCCUGUUUAUCGGAUCAUGACACAGUGUUGGCAACACUGUCCAGAACACAGACCAAACUUCACUACUAUUUUAGAGAGGAUCAACUACUGUACACAGGAUCCUGAUGUCAUCAACACCCCUCUUCCAGUGGAGUGUGGUCCUCCUGUUGAAGAAGAAGGGGGCACUGUGAUCCGCCCUGACGGAUCAGGCAGCAUGACCCCUCUUCUAGUUGCCCGCUCUUUGUCCCAGGAUGCUUCCCCUCGAGCAAGCAUCACCAGUGUCACUCCACAGGCCCUCAAACCCCGUUUGCAGCUACAAAGACCAGUCCACCUCACACAAGAAGUGGGCACAUACCGAGAGACACUGGAGCCCUGUUGGGCAGAGCCUGUUCCUGCUUCAGGAGUCUGUCCAGGACCAUGGCUUCAAGUCCCAGAGCAUCGGCCAUGCUCCAGAAGUAGUUCAUCAUCGGGCAGCCAGAAGCUAAAGAACAAGACUAAAAACCUCUGGAACCCCACCUACGGUUCCUGGGUCCUAGAGAGCUUUGGACGUGGAAAGUCAGCUCUGUGCCACACUCAGUCUAUGCCUCUCUCCUGCAACCCCACAUCUGUUUCUGCCCCGUCCUCUACCUCGGAGCACACAGACCCUGUAGUAGAAGUUAAUGCAAAUGUUUCAGCUUCCCCACCUCCAUCUGCUGCACCCUCACAAACUACGUUGACUCCCACAGCGGCUCCCUCUAGGAAGAGUCCCACAGGGGCUGCUGGUGUCUCACUUGCCACUGUUAUGGACUUAGCAAAGCUUCAGAGCUUCCCAUGUGGCAACGUAAACUAUGCGUAUGAUGAACAGAGCUACGAGACUGAGAGUUUGCCUGUGGUUGUGUCCAAAUCUCUGGAGCCCAGCACCAGCUCUGCAGCUACAUCUUCACUGGUUGCCCUCAGCCAAGCCGGCAGCUUUACCCACAAACCAUUGGUGAAGCGUCAUGCCAGUUAUGGACAUGAGGAUGUAAGGAGGUACACCCAGCCUGAGAAGCCCACCAGGGACAGGGAUUCUGGCUUUUCCUUGUCUGAAGACCUGAGUGUCACCCCUGUGUAG